UCAUCAUUUGAAGAUAAGUCGAGCUCUGUAGUGGACAUCAGAGCAUUUUUCCUGUGGUUAUGGAGUUCUGGCCCUGCAAUGAAACUCUGCCGUGGCUUGCUUCAGAAGUGGUGCAAAGCAGUGGGUUUACGUUUGUGUCCGUCGUAAACACUGUGAUCGCUGCACAUUGUGCUCUAACAACUCCUCAGCAAUGGCCACCUGACCGAUCCGAGGAAGUACUAGCAGAUCCAACAUUUGAUUUUAUCAUAGUUGGGGCUGGUUCAGCGGGUUCUGUUAUAGCCAAUAGACUAUCCAGAAAUCCAGGCUGGAGAAUACUUUUAGUAGAAGCAGGCGACGACCCCACUUUGGAUACCGAGCUAAUAGGUGCCUUCUUUAACAUAUUUCACUCGAAAAAUGAUUGGGAAUAUAGAACAGAGCCAUCACAAAGUUAUUGCCUUAGUUCCCAAAAUAACCAGUGUUACUGGCCAAGAGGGAAGACUCUGGGAGGAAGCAGCAGCAUUAAUGCUAUGUUUUAUGUUCGUGGACACAGAGAAGACUUCAAUGAAUGGAGAGACAUGGGGAACGAUGGCUGGAGUUAUGAAGAUGUAUUGCCAUUGUUCAAAAAAAGUGAGGCGUUGCACGACGAUGAUGUAUCACUUGAAGAAAAAGACAAAUUUCAUAAUGAAGAUGGACUUCUUAACAUAGCAAGACAUUCAGGAUCACAUGCUUUUAGUGAUAUUAUUUUAAACGCAUAUAAUGAAAUGGGAGUAUCGACUGUGUUUGAUCUGUCUGGAAAGGAUACCGUUGGGGCUUUGAAGACAUUAGCUACUGCGUAUAAAGGACGUCGUCAGAGUACAGCGCGUGCAUUCUUAACACCAGCCAAAGGAAGAAGUAAUUUGUACGUAAUGAAGAAAACAUUGGUUUCUAAAAUAAUUUUCAAUGCAGAUACUAACGAUGCUAUAGGAAUUGAAAUUCAACAAGAAGGAGAAACACAUAAUAUAUUUACGCAAAAAGAAAUUAUAAUUUCGGCUGGUUCAAUUAAUACACCUCAGUUAUUAAUGUUAUCUGGAAUUGGUCCGAAAGAACAUUUACAGGAAUUAGGCAUACCAGUAGUUCAAAACUUGCCAGUCGGAUUUCAUUUACAGGAUCAUUUAGUUGUCUCCAACUUCAUUACCCUCAAAACAGACAUGCCUCAAGUUGGCAAAGAUGAAUUCAGCAUUUGGAUGACUGAGUACUUAACCAAACAAACAGGGUUCUACUCCAAUCUUGGACCAACAGAAGUAAUUUCAUAUUUAAAUAUUUUUGAUUUAAAUGACACGCUGCCCAAUAUCCAAUUUCAUCACCUCGUUCUUCCUCCCAAGCUUUAUGAGGUGGUUGAUGUAUUUAAAAUUCAUGAAUUCGAUGAGUCCACAUUAAAUAUAAUCAAUAAAUUAAACGAAGAUUAUCCCGUGCUUAUGUUCUGGUCUGUAUUGCUAAAGCCAAACUCAGUCGGAAUGCUAAAUCUACGAAGUGCUGAUCCUCAAGAUAAACCAUUAAUAUACGCAAAUUAUUUCAGUGACCCAUAUGACAUGCAAACCAUUGUGGCGAGCAUGAAAUUUGUGUCACAGAUAGCAGAAACACCGACAUUGCAGGCUUUGAAUGCAUCCCUUGCCUACGUGCCUUUGCCCGGUUGCGAAGAUUUUGCCUUCAAGAGUACAGAAUACUUCGAUUGUCUUGCGCGGCAUUUGACUACAACGUUAUACCAUCCUGUUGGAACAGUGAAAAUGGGUCCAUAUGAGGACGCCGCAUCAGUCGUCAGCCCUGAGUUAAGAGUCCAUGGAAUUAAUAAUCUGAGAGUGGCGGAUGCCAGUAUAAUGCCGCGGAUCGUUAGAGCGAAUACAAAUGCUGCUACUAUCAUGAUUGGCGAAAAAUGUUCCGAUAUGAUAAAGCAGUUUUGGAAUUUUUAGUAGAUUACCUAUAAAUUUGUACCUUGGUAAAUAUUGAAAUUCCAAAUUUACAUAAAUUUUAUGUAAGAGUCCUAUUUAUACUACUUACAACGACCUCGCAGGAGGGUCAUAAAAACCCUAAACAUUAUCUCAGUUUGAAGAAACGUCACUUUUGAGACUAACAUAUCCGAUUCAUCUAGACCUAAUAUUUAUUUAUAUUAGACGUAUCUUAAAGUUUGAAUCGCGCCGUGGGUCUCGUCAUUAAUGUACACUUGUACAGUCAAAAGAUUUAAUUUGUGCCUCAUUUCGUACCUUGUCACAGUGAAAAUAGUAUGAAGUCUCUAGCGACUUUCAUGUUGUCACAGUGACAAUAGUACGAGGUCUCUAGCGACUUUCAUCUUGUCACAGUGAAAAUAGUAUGAGGUCUCUAGCGACUUUCAUUUUGUCACAGUGACAAUAGUAUGAGGCCUCUAGCGAAUUUCAGGUUAUCACAGUGACAAUAGUAUGAGGUCUCUAGCGACUUUCAUGUUGUCACAAUAGUAUGAGGUAUCUAGCGACUUUCAUUUUGUUUGUCACUGUGACAAGGUACGUAAUGGGUCACAAAUGAAAUCUUUUGACUGUAAAAAAACUAAAUAAUACGAGUACUUAAUACAAAUUUACAUAUUUUAUACUGAAAAUGUACCUGAGUGCAUAUACGAGUAUUAAAAGGUUCUUACCUCUAAUAUUUCCGUUACGUCAGAUUCAGUGCAUAUGAACUUGCCCAUGUUUGCUUUAUGUAUGCCUGAACACCGGGAACUAGGUAUCAGGCGUAGGUAAGCCCACAACAAUAUGUCUGAAUAAUACUGUAAAGAAAUACUUGUAAAUUUUGAAUAUGACCUCAUCUCAUAUGGCAGAAUGUGAGUUUUUAUUGUUACGAUAUAUCAUAUUCGUAAUUAACCAUUGUCUGUUAAGAUUGUGGGUUCAUUCAUAAUUUAUUUCAUACCAAUAUUACAUUGUGAUUUAAAAAACUUUAAUCUAGACACAAAAAUAUAAAUAAACGUAAAUAUCGAAUAAUUAAAAAAUUAAAUAAAAAUGAAUUAAGAAUGAUGGCGAUAUCUAGAAAACAAUAAUUAAAUUAACAAAAUAGGAAACCUAACUUCAAAAAGGAUAAAACAAAUGAUUAUCAAGUUUAUUUGCACCUGAUCUGUUUGAAGUCGGUACCAAACCAAACAUCAAAGGCGUCAACACACUAUCGUACCGAUAUCCAACCCUAGUGA